UGAAUCAAGUUAAGUGGAGAAUCAGCGACUUACUGUUGAAGAAAUACUUGCAGUGAGAGAAAGAACCUGGGGUAACUUUCCAGGACAAAAGAGGAGACCGAGCGACAACGUCGACUACUGGACGCGGUUGGAUUCCUGCACAGAGCAGCAGGAGUGGAACUCCAGGAUGGAAGAGGAGGAUUCACAGCCCCCCCACAUUAAAGAGGAAGAGGAGGAUCCACGGCAGCACCUCAUUAAAGAGGAAGAGGAGGAGCACGGCAUCAGUCAGGAUGGGGAGCAUCUGGAAGGACUGGAGGAGUUCCCCGUGAUUGUUGUCCGUGUGAAGAGUGAAGAUGAGGCUGAGCCUCCAAGCAGCAGCAGCAGCUCAGCUCAACACACGACAACGGAAGCCGAUGGAGACCGCCGUGGAGGAUCACCGGCACAUAACCUCUUAGCUCCGCUGUCAGAGAGCGAUGACACGACAUCACACUCUCCCGACACGGAUGAUGACGACUCCGAAGUUGAUAUGACACGUCACACCGACAACACACGCUGGAAAUGCUCUCAGUGCGACAAAACCUUUGUCAGCAAGGGCAAUCUGAAGAAACACAUGAGAAUACACACAGGAGAGAAACCCUUUUCAUGCUCAGUUUGUGGCAAAAGAUUCAUUAAGAAGUCAAAUUUGAAAGUCCAUGCCAGAAUACACACUGGAGAGAAACCUUUCCUAUGCACAGUUUGUGGUAAAACAUUCUACCUCAAAGGUAAUUUAAAAAGACACACGUCAAUACACAAUGGAGAGAAACCUUUUUCUUGCACAGUCUGCGGUAAGACGUUCCACCUCAAAGGAAAUUUAAAAAGACACACCAAAGUACACACAGGAGAGAAACCUUUCCCGUGCACAGUUUGUGAUAAAACUUUCUACCAUAAAGGCGAUUUACAGAAGCACACCAAAAAACACACCGGAGAGAAACCUUUUCCUUGCACGGUGUGCGGUAAAAGAUUCUUUCAACAAAACGAUUUGAAAAGACACACAAGAGUACACACUGGAGAGAAACCUUUUCACUGCUCAGUUUGCGCAAAAGUGUUCACCGUAAAGGCGCACUUGGACGUGCACAUGAGGUUACACACCGGGGAGAAACCUUUCCACUGCUCCGUGUGCGAUGAAAGGUUUUACCAAAAAAAGUAUUUAAACAGACACGUGAGAGUGCACACCGGAGAGAAACCUUUUCCCUGAGUCCUCCGAAGGAAAGUUCACACAAAAAGUUCACACAGGGACGCAGUCGGUGUUCAGUGUGUGGUCAGCGCUUCAUUGCAACGCAACUGAACACUUCAGAGGGCAAACUGGGGAGAAACUAGAAGGCAAAGAACACUGUAAGGGAAACAUGUGCUCCAUAAAUGUCCUACGUAUGCUGUAUUGAUGGAUUGAUGGGACUCUGCACUGUAUAAAUGUGUGGUGAUGAAUACGCAAUAAGAAAGACAACAUUUGGAAUUUGUUCAACCUGUUUUCAUUCAUUUACAAGGACAAAGACGGUUAAGUCAAACGUACAUUGAAAUCUCCAUAGAGAGAGCAUGAUCAUGCUUAUACUGCCAUCUAGUGGUGAAACCUGGAACAAACUAUUAUUAAUGAAUGUUUAUUAUUUUAUGUACUUUUUAUUUUUUCCCCACCCCACUUCUAGGAGAAGUUACAUGCUUUUUAUAAUGAGGAUAAUUUUUAAAAAUGUACUUUUAAUACCUUUAACCCUAACCCUAAGAUUUCAAGCCAAAAGUCGUAAAUUUAACACAAAAAAGCUGCAAUAUUACGGGAAUAAAGUUGUAAAUUUACCAGAGAAAAAAGUC